GAAAUUUCGCUUGUACAGUCACUUCGACGAGACGAUAAUGUUCGCAUCGGUCUGUUCGUUGUAAUUUAAUGUUUUUUAAUUGUAUUAAUUCGCGGGUAAUUCAAAAUUAAUUUGCACGGACGUGUGACGUAACGUUUUGUUUACGAUGUCGGAUAUUCAUCAGCUGUGUCGUUUGUGUUUGAGCAAUGAGAACUUGGUUGACGUUUUUGACGAACAACUUACGAACGCUUACAAGUUAAGGCUUUGCGUCGUUCUUUGCACCGGCAUUGAGAUAGAAGCAACCGACCAAGUUUCUAAAUUAAUCUGCAAUAGUUGCAGCUCUCUGGUGAUCGAUCUAUAUAAAUUUCGACGAGCUGCCGUGGCCAACGAUAAAUCCCUAAAGAAAUUAAUAAAUCAAGAUUCUGACACAACCUCCUUCUGUAAAGAAAGUAUACAAAAUCUAAAUGAAUCUAUUUAUGAAAGAUUAAUAGAAGAUAGUUUAUCAAGUUCUAUAAUUGAAAAUCCAAAACCUAUUUUAAUCGAUGUUGCAACAGAAACUGAUCCAAUUGAAAAUAACUGUGAAAAAGUUAGGACGUUAAAAAUUAGAAUACCAAAACAUAUUUUGACACAAACAACAGAAAGCGGGCCAUCUUCUGACAAUGAACUGGAGGAAGAUAACAAUGAGGAUUCAGAGAACCAAAUACGCUUAGAAAGCGAUGACGAUGACACUCCUAUUGCAACGUUAAAGAGAAAGUAUAGGUCGGUUCGAGCGCAUAAAAUGUUUGAAUCUCGUUUCUUAAGCGAAUCCGAGUCCGAUUCUGAGCCAAUUUCCAAAAGAAAUAAAUCUAAUAAGUAUUAUAUCGACGAUGACUACAGUGGCAAUGACACUGACAACGAAGAAGAUGUACAAGAGUUUGAGGAAGAAGAAGAAGAAGAAAAAGAACAAGAAAAUACCUCAGACUGGAAACGAAUUCGACCACAAAGACGAAAAAAUCAAACUCAAGACGAAAUCGAAGCAAUUCCAGAUAAACUAGUAGAGAAACAGAGCGUUGAUCAAAAAUAUAAUAACGAACCUUAUUCAAAAUAUUGUGCAUUUUGUGAUCGAUAUUUUUGGGGAAAUUCACAACUUAAGGCGCAUCAAAGAGUGCAUUUUCGAUGUGGUUUUUGUACGAAAGGAUUUGAAUCUCACGAAGUGUUACAAGAGCACUUGGUUAAUGUUUGCUACAAUAACAUAAUCAAUCAGAAACUUUCUGUGUCUGUGGUGCGCGUAGAUGACGAUGUGGAAUUAAUACGAACUUAUCAAUCAGCUUUUGACAAAUAUUUUCAAGAUAUAGCUAGUGGUGUUUAUAAUAAUCCUAAAUUAAUCAACAAACUAUUAGUCAAACAUCAUUUAAGUCAUAACGGAACGAUUACUAAAGUUGAAAAAUACGAAAUCCGCAAGAUUUUCAUUAAAUUUUCUCAUAUAGAUAACUCCCCCGUUUACAAGAAUUUAUCCGUACAAACAAAGCGUUUGCAAACCGAUACAUCUCAUCCUCAAUUAAAUAAUAUAGUUUUAGAUGAUGCGUACACAGACCUCAAAUUGUUUGACAUUCCAAUUCAUUUCGUUACCGAUAAACUGCAGUCCGCAUAUGUGUCGUUUGCAAAACCAGCUAAGGAUAAGAAAGUUCGCGAUUUGUGGACGGCUAUGAACGUAAUCGACAUUUUUGACAAAAAUAGAAGGUUUCGUAAUCACUUACCUACUAAAAUAUUACCUCAAAACAACUUGCAAAACAAUAUAUUAACUUCAAUGCUUCCACCAAUGGUGCCACUAAACACAGGAGUGAGAAAGUCAUUAUAUCGAGUUAUGCCCGCAGAUGGAUUGCAACCACAAAUUAGACCGAAUUAUCCAGUGCAUAGUUUUGGUAACAUGCAUGAUAGCGCUAGAGUAGGUCCCAACGUAUUAAGACAACCAUUUAGGCAACCACAAAAAGCCAUUGGACCUUCUGGACCUAACCAAAAUGUACCAAAUCUAAAAAUUAAAUACAUAGCGACUCAUGCACCUAGUGCUCCCAAAAACAAUAUUCACACAACAAACACAAAAAUUAAUUCUGAAGAGACCGAUUCCCAAAAACACACAACGAGUCCCAUAAUAUUAAAUGUUCUUCUCAAUGAAAAAUCGAAAAAUUCGCGGAACAUUAGUGAACAACAGGGAAAUGAAUCUGAAUCAAAUAAUCCUAGGUGCUAUAUUCGAAGGACUUACAAUCGUAAGCCAACCAAACCAAACCCGAUUGAAUCUGCCAAUAUUUCAAAAGCUGUUUGUGAUAACUUUAAACUUCACGUUUUGAAACAAAACAAAGACCCAAAUAAUCAAACCGAAUCAAUAACGCCAGAGGCACAUAUGAAACAAAGCGGUCCCAUACAAAAUAACUUGGAUAUUAGUUACCCCCCAAGGCCAAACACCGCGAUUCGAAACAUGUUGCAAAAUAUUUCAAGUGAGAUUAGCAUUGAACCAAAUUAUCGGAAACAAAACCAAACGAACACAAAUCAAUUAAAAUCUUUUAAUAACGAAUCAACUGAUAAUACACCUAAACCUACUAAUAAUUUGUCAAAACCAACCACAAUGACUAAUAAACCAAAAGCGUAUCCACGACCGAUUAUAGUUAAAGAAGAAUUGCAACCCGAAGAAGAAGAAUAUAUCACCUCGGAUCAAGCACUAUCAUCGAACGAAGAUUUUUCUACGGGUGUUGAGGUUAAAGAUGAACAGGAAUUGGAGGAUCACAAUUACUCGCAAAUGGGAGUUACGGAAGAUCCCAUUUAUAAUACUUCCAAUGUAUACACAAACACAGUUCAACCUAACUUAUCAUAUUCUGAACAACAUCCCUUACAAUACCAUAGUUUACCUCAACAAUACUACAAGCCAAUGAGCCAAGCAACAAACCAGCCCGCAGUAAGAAACAGGUUUCCAACGACCCAACCUUAUCGUCAAGUACAAUACAGAGGAAGAGCACAAAUGCCUAUGUAUCACCCUAGAUUAAAUCAACCAGUUCCAAAUAUAAUCAACCCUCCUAUACCAUCUAAUACGUUAGUUCCGGGAAAUUCUUUUACUAAUAAUUUUCUUCCUAACAACAUGUAUCAUAGGCCUUAUAAUAACAAUUACAAUAAUUAUAAUAUGUACCAACCGUCGUAUCAAAAUCAAUAUUCCUCUUAUAAUUCGCAAACACAACCUGCGAUGGAUUUUAAUAGUCCCUAUCAACCUGAGCCAAUUAGUCAAGACACCGAAAGUAAACUACAUGUUAAACAACCUUGGGAAAUGUUUAGGUAGUAAAAGAAUGGAGGGAAUUUAAUAUGUCUUACUGAAAAAUUUACAUUCGAGAAUUAAAACCUACGUGAGGGAUUAUUAAAUUCAGUCAUUGAAUGUGAUAAUUUAUGUUUUCAUUAGUUGUAAUAUUUAUUUUUAGUUUUUCUUUGUAUUCUAUAGACUUCUUCGUAUUAUAAGUAUUACAUCUCGUAGUAAUACAUAAUAUUAUACCCAAGACUUAGAUUUUGUAAUAAAGAGAUAAGUAUAAAGGAGUAAUUUAUAUUUUAUACAUUUGUUCUGUACAUAUUUAUGGGCGUUAUGAAUUAAAAUUAAGAUUAAAAACUGA